CUAGAGUCCAGGGCUGUCAAACUGGCGGCCCUCCAAGUGUUGCAGAACUACAAGUCCCAUCAUGCCUCUGCCUUUGGGAGCCAUGCUUGUAACUGUCAGCCUUGCAAUGCCUCAUGGGACUUGUAGUUCUGAAGUAGGGAUGUCAGACUGGCGGCCCUCCAGCUGUGUUCUGAAGCAGGGAUGUCAAACUGGCGUCCCUCCAGCUGUGGUGAAACUACAAGUCCCAUCAUUUCUCUGCCUUUUGGAGCCAUGCUUGUAACUGUCAAUCUUGCAAUGCCUCAUGGGACUUGUAGUUUGGCCACAGCUGGAGGGCCACUAGUUUGACACCCGUGUGCUA